ACUAUUCAGUCAGUUACGACGUUCCCAACCGUUAGCACGCAGCGUAGUUGUGUGUUGUUAAGUGAAGUCUCCCCCGAAUAAAACCUGUUUACCGAUUGUGAAAGGGAAAGAUUGCAGCGAAAGUGAUCUGUUACAUUACAUUGGCCUAAAAUGUCGAUUAAGAACAUUGUGUUGCUUUUAAGCUUGUUCGUAGCUGGGAGUUACGCACAAUCUAAGGUUCCGGUUAACAUCUACUAUGAAGCCCUCUGUCCGGAUAGCGCUGCAUUCAUCAACAAACAGCUCUACCCGGCAGCGAAACAGUUCAAGGAUAAUAUGGAUCUGAAAUUUAUUCCGUUCGGCAAGGCGAGCUACCGUACGCAAGGUUCGGAAACGCUGUUCGAGUGCCAUCAUGGUCCAAACGAAUGUUACGCCAAUAAGGUGCAUGCUUGUGCCCUGUACCACAUCCAGGGUAAUUCCUACCAGCCGAAUAACACCCGCGAGGUACUAAUCCUGGAGUACGUUAACUGUUUGAUGGAACGUGCGCAGUUCAAAGCCGGCGAGUUCCCUGGUAAGGAGUGCGCCGAAAUGCACGAAAUUCACAACUGGGAGACUAUUGAACAGUGUGCCAACUCCACCGAGGGAAGCAGUCUGCUGAAGAACUACGGCGAUGAAACGGCCAAACUGCAACAGCCACUGAAGAGCGUCCCGACCAUCGCUUUCAAACAGACUUUUGACGCGGACAACCAGCAAUUGGCAGUACGAAACUUCCGAGAAGCCCUCUGUAAAAAUCUUAAACCAUCACCAGUUCAGUGCCGUGGCUUACCAGGCAGUGCUCCAGCUGUAGCUUCCUUUGGGCUGGUCACCUUGCUUUCUGUGAUCCUGACCCGAGCGUUCUAACUGAAAAACGUAGAAUUUUUCGCGCAACGCUGCAAUUGCUUCCAAUCCGUCCAUGUGGUGCAUUUACCUGUAAUGCGGUAUCCGUCCUUACUGUUUAACAGAGAAAUAAAAAAAAGUUUUAAUAUAUCUAAAACAGACUGUAUUGUACGUACAAGAGAAUCUCAAAUAAAUGGUCACAAAAUAUUAUCGUUAACUCAAC